CAUAAUCUAAGGUUUCUGUGUUGUAUCCAGCACAUCACAUGGGUUUACCAGGGUGAUGCUGUCUAGUCGUGUGCUGUUUAAGCGUGUAUUACAGUGUAUUUAAUUUCAGUCAAGUCUGCGGUUAAUUUGUUUACUAUGCACCUUAAUGCAAUGCAUUAACAUAUCUGUUGCUUUUUUGUGGCAUUGCAAUGCAUUUUUUUUUUUACAUCUUACUAACUCCACACUUCACCUGAACAUUUGCAUGCUUGUUGGUUUUUUGUUAGUAACUGUUUCUUUUUAUUCUAUUCAAGCAUAUCUAACAUAAUACAGUAUAUACGGCCACAGUGCACUAUGAACAUAACUUAUUAACAGUGCUCUUAAUGUGCCAAAUAGUGUAAAAUAGUCUUGUAAAAGCAUAAUUUUUUUUUUUUUUAAAUCUGGCCACUAAUUUCACCUGGUGAGAAACUGUGAGGAAAUCCUGAUUCCCAAAUAAAAGCAGUUUGUUCCUGUAGUUUCUAUGCAAGCAAAAUGCAAAGGCUCUAAUAGCAAAUAGUUUUUUUCCACUCUAUCAGCAUGCUUAGAACUGAUUCCCAUCACAGGUAAGGUUACUGUGUGGUUUUAGGUAUUAGACUAGCUUUAUUGCACACCCUGUUGCCAUAAUUAAAUCACUCACGUCCCUAAAAUAUCGCCUGAGUGGUUCGCAUUUUGAAUGCUUCAUGACUUUGUGUUGGGCCUAAAAAAAUCUGACACUUGCUUGCUGUUUUGGUUUGUAAUAGACCCAUCAUUUGGCUAACAACUCGCUGUGAUCAGGAUGAGGGUGCAUGAUUCCCUAAAUCAUCUUCAAAAGCCAGUCACCCUAAGAAAGCUAAUAGCAACUUCAAACAGCCAUAGAGAGCUGCCAAUCAAUCAGCGGGUAUAUUUCAAAGGGGUCAGCCAUCAGGGAAUGAAACAGCAUGUGAGAGUCCAGCAGGGAUGGCUUCGUGCUUGAAUAUGGCAUGCUUCAGACUGACACAGGAAACAGAUGGAAACUGUGUUGCUGGAAAUGCAGGACCCUAAGACCGGAGUAAAGUCUCAGACCCAGAGACUUGUCAUCACUACCAUCCCUCAUGCCAUCACAGGAGAAGAUAUAGUUGAAUGGGUUUCUAAUCGUUUCAAAAUAGAUCUUGCUGAGGCACAAGCCUUGGGCACCAUGAUGGUGGCCUUUGGAUACAUUUACCCAUUACAGGAUCACAAGAGACUCAUCAUCAAAUCAGAGGCCUCACUCUAUCGUUUUCAGACACCAUAUUUCUGGCCUGCACAGCAGUGGCCAGUGGAGGACACUGAUUACGCAAUAUACCUCGCAAAGAGAAACAUACGUAAAAAGGGGAUGUUAGAGCUUCACGAGCAGGAGCAGUACAAUCAUCUACAUAAAUGGAUGAACCACAAGUGGGACUUCAUAGUGAUGCAGGCCAAAGAGCAGUACAGGGCAGGGAAAGAGAGAAAGAAACCAGAUCGAGUGGUUUUUGACUGUCAGGAAAGAGCCUACUGGGUAGUACACAGACCACCGCCAGGAACAGUUAGUGGGAUGGACUAUGGAUUGGAACGACUUGUAGAUCCCAAUCAGGAGGAGAAAAAAACAUCUGACUUCUACAGAAGAAUAAUCAUCUUCACUCAGCAGUGCAUCAUGAGGCCAAGAGUGAAGUCAUCUGUGUCUAUUGGGGCCCUUGUCAAGUACACAACAACCUACAAACAGCACGACCCCUUCCUUUAUCCAAGCCUACCAAGCAACCCAUGGUUAACAGAUGAUAUCACGUACUGGGACCUUAACAUGCCAAAUGUUGAAAAUCCCACAAAAAUGAGAGUGGAGCGCUGGACUUUCAGCUUUGGUGAACUGCUUUGUGAUCCACGUGGACGGGCAGAUUUCCGCCUUUUUCUGAAAAAGGAAUUCAGUGGUGAGAAUCUGGCAUUUUGGGAGGCAUGUGAAGAUCUGAAAUGGGGGGCUGCAGCUACAAUGCAAGAGAAAGCCCAGCAGAUCUACAAGACUUUCCUGGCCCGUGGAGCACCUCGUUGGAUCAACAUUGAUGGAAAGACCAUGGAGAUCACUGUGAGGGGUCUGGCUCAUCCACAUCGCUAUGUCCUGGAUGCUGCCCAGACUCACAUCUACAUGCUCAUGAAGAAGGAUUCUUAUGGGCGAUAUCUGAAGUCCACUGUCUUUAAGGACACUCAGAGAAAGGCUAUUGCUCCCGAGCCGCAUAAAUUCAGUGAUGCUCAGCUGGAGCAGAAUGCCAAGAAACGAAGGCCCAGUCUGAGUCCCAUCAUCCUGAGGCAGCAGGAAGAGGCACAAAAAGCCAAGCUGGCUGCCAGCGGCCCUGUGGACAUCACACAGUUGUGUCGAUACACAGCACCUGUGCCACACUUGGCUGUGUACACAGGUAUGUGUGAGUCCCAGUCCACUGCAUCUCCAGGACUAAUGACCCUGCCCAACAGUGCUGUGUGCCCUUCCCCAAUAAGCGUGGCCAUUGACAGCACUCCAGCCUCUGAGAGGAGAUUUGAUGGAGGGGUGCCUGCUUCAUCUCACUUUCCAUCUAUCACUGAAAGCACAGAGGCAUCUGUGUCAGAAGAGAGUCAGCCUCUUGCCUCCAAGUCCCGUGUAGCCCUGUCGCUCAGCAGAAUCCUUCGGCGAGGAUGCAAUGCCCCAUCCAUGUUUGCCAGUCUCUCACCAAAAUGUGCUGUGACAGCAGGGGGAGGAAGAGUACAACCAUUAGGAGUGGAGCAACUUGCACAGCCCCAGCCGAAAAGGAUUGCAAAUUUUUUCCAGAUCAAAGUUGACAUCCCCCCUGAAUGCCGCAUCUACCCUAUUGACUCUGAAGAUGAGGAUGAGGAGAGCCCUGGUGCAGCACAAGGGGGAGUCAAGGAAAUCAUAUGCCCUUGGGAAACUGUCACCAAACAUGAUGGUGCAGGUUAGAGAGAUAUAUACCACACAGGGGAAAUGACAGACUUGAAGAAAGAUACACAUAUGUAACAAAGUGAUCAUCGUUUCCACCUAGGCAUGCUCUGAAGGAAGAUGUUUGCAGUAACAACAUGUCAAACAUGUUCGUAUUUCUGAUAGCUUUUAGGUAGUGCCUACAUGUUCUAGUAGCUGGUGGAAAAGUGCAUAUAACAUGGUUGUGGGACUUUAUAUUUGUAUCUACUCAUUCUGUUUGUGGGUAUGACAAGUUGAGGCCUUAUUUAGAAGAGCUUUCUUUUAGCAAAACUGUCAAGUUGUUUAGUAUUGCAAAGGUUUUGUACUUGUUUAUUAUUUUAUACUGAUCAAAGAUGCCGUGACAUGCACCAUUUUAAGAAAUCAUCAAUAUUUUCAUAGUUUCACGUAGUGUCUCCAGGAAGACAACACAUGGGGAACCUACUGUCUGAAUGUAUUACCUUUAAAGCGUUUACAGUUCACUACAGAAUGUAAAUGUGGUCAUUGUUCAUAUUUGACUUGUGUAAGUGCCUAAAUAAAAUAUUCAUUUAAUCAAA